UUAUUUUAAUAUAUUUAGGGUAUUUUUAAGCAGUAUUCAAACAUUUUGAUCUACACCUCCAUACCAGGUGGUGGCGGUCAUGCGCCAACUUGUUGUUUGCGAACCGCCAUAGUACCUCAAGGAAGAAGAAGCUCCAAAACAUUCAAAGAAGUAGUGAGUGGCAGCAUGACUGACUCCUUCGGUCUUCUCACGGACGUGUUCAAGUGUUUCCACGCGGGUUCGUGUCCCCGUCAAAGCUCCGCAGAUGUGGCCGCUGCGAUAUUUUCCUGCGUGUGUGGAUUGAGCUGUUCUCCUGCUGCUGAGGAGGAGGAGCAGCAGGAGAACAGCAGAGGAGAACUGAGCUGCAUCAGUGUGACUCUGGUGGAGAACAUGGUGUCGCGGCUGGACCAGGACCAGGACCAGGACCAGCCUGCUGACGUCACACAGUUCUGUGUGGACGCUGUGUCCCUGCUCUUUCACCACAUGGACCUUAUGACGCAGCUGGUCCGUCACUUCCACAGUGAGGAGCAGAUCGUGUCUCAUCUGGCUGCAAAGUGUGCAUCGACAUACGUCGUCUAUCACCUCCUCAAAUCUGGUGCAGUCAGUGUGGUGUGGCAGCAGAAGUGUGUGGAGGUGUUUCACUGUUCAGCUCCUGGUGCUGAGCUGGACGUCUGCCUGUGGUCACUCACUGAAGUCUUGAAGAAACUUCUCAAAGCAGCUCAUCAAGAGGUCAUCAGGACACUUGUGUCAGCGUUCGACUCCGGCCUGAGUGCUCUGUGUUCAGCGUUCCUCUCUGAGGAGAAGCAGCGAUGGAUGGUCCUCACCAGCAGCAGAGAACACUGGGGAACCACGUUCUGUCUCCUGCUGGACCUGCUGGAGGCACUGACCGCUUCAGGGUUGACGUGCGACGUCGGUCUGAAGAGUCAGAGGUCGGUUUACGCUCACGCGCCGGCUCUCCUCACGGCCGUCGCCUGCUCCUCGGAGUACUAUGUGAAGAAGCGAGCGAUGCUGCUCCUGAAGAGAGCCGUCCUUCAGAAGGCGGGAGAAGACUGGACGUCGGGGGAAGCGAGUACACGCGAGCGCCUCGGCUCUGACGUGAACGUGCUCGCUCAGACUGUGCUGACGGCGGUCGCUGCCGAGUGGCUGCAGAGUGUUCAGGUGGAGUCUGAGUCGUUCUUUGGUGGAACCAGACGAACCCGAGUGGAUGAAGGUCAGAAACCAGACUGUGUGAUGCUGAGAGCCGUCAGUCUGCUGCUCCUCAAGUCCAUGGAGCUUCACGUACAAGCGGCUGGAGCAGGAGCAGCAGCAGCAGACGGAGUCACAGAGGUGUAUGAGUAUCUGCAGAGACUGUGGACUUUCCUGAGGCGCUGCAGUGUCCAGCUGAGGGCCGUCACUCACCUGUGCUGCUGGUUCCCUCUGCUGUUUGGAGAGCAGGACGACGACAUGAUGGAGGCAGCCAAAGCCUCGCUCUGCAUCUUCCUCCAUCACAGACUCCGUUCUGGGUCGGAUCAUUUGUCGGCGCUGGACGCGGCCUGUGCGUCGGGCUGCAACCCUCACUGCCACUUCCUGUCUCUGCUCCAGAGCGUCUCCUUCGACCACAGCCUCCUCCUCGACUUCCUCAUCUCCACGGAAACCUGCUUUCUGGAAUAUUUUGUGCGCUACCUGAAGUUGGUCGUGGCCGACUGGCAGGGUUUCGCCGCAGCGUGUGAAAAAGUCGCCUCGCCGCCACCGACGCAGAGACACGAAGCCGGCUGCAGCUCCCGUGUCCAGCCCACAGGUGGCGGUGUGGGCGUCGAGCUUCGCCUCGUGGCGUACGAAAGCUCUGAUGAGUCUGACUCGGAGAACAUGGAGGUUCCCGUGUGUGCGGAAACUCUAAACCCGACCUUUAAUGUGAAAGCACCAGGAUUACUGACGGACGCUGAGGUAUCGGGACAGAACUCUUCCUGUGAGACGUUAACCAGAGCCGUGGUUUGUCUGUCAGAGGUCGGCGCCGUGGUGACGAGGCUGCAGACAAAGAAACUCUUCCCUUACAACCCGACGUCGCUCUUAAGACUCUUAGCACAGGUUCAGACUUGUUCCCAGCAGUCACCUCUGUCACAUGUGAUUACAAGACAAUAAAGAAAUACAUCAUGA